AUGGCAAUCUCGCAAGAAGAAGAAGAAGACGAAAACCUCACUGAUGACGAGUCAGCAGAACACAAAUCAUGGCAGGAUGAAAUCAGAAAUUACCUCAUCAACGACGCCGUGCCAGAGGAGCGAUGGGCGGCCCGCCGCCUCCGACGAAAAGCAGCUUACUACUUCUUACGCAACAACGAGCUUUUUCGCUGGAGCGCAAACAAAGUCAUCCUGCGAUGCUGCGACGAAGCACAAGCUAAGAGCAUCAUGGUCGAGACCCACGAGGGAGCAUCAGGAAACCACGCCGGCGGAAGAUCACUCGCUUUAAAAAUUAAGAAGAUCGGAUACUUCUGGCCAACGAUGAUCGGCGAUUGCAUAAACGUCGCCGCCAAAUGCGUCCCCUGCCAAAGAUACGCACCGGCGAUCAACGCCCCAACGCAAGCACUUCAAGCUGCGAUCCCGGCAUAUCCCUUUAUGCGCUGGGGAAUGGAUAUCGUCGGCCCCAUGCCACGCUCACGGCAAUGCGCUUACCUCUUGGUCGUCACCGACUACUUUACUAAGUGGGUAGAAGCAAAAGCGUACAAAAACCCAACGGCUCAUGACGUAAGAAACUUUGUGUGGCAGUAUAUCAUAUGCCGUCACGGUCUUCCUUAUGAGAUCGUCACGGACAACGGAGGACAAUUCGUCGCAGCAACUUUCCGAGAAUUUUGCGCAUCAUGGAACAUCAAGAUCACUUACUCCACGCCAAGAUAUCCUCAAGCUAAUGGACAAGCCGAGUCCACAAACAAAACUAUUGUUGAUGGAUUGAAAAAAAGGCUUGAAGGCUACCAAGGAGCUUGGGCGGACGAAUUGGAUGGAGUGCUCUGGUCGCAUCGAACCACCCCAGAACCGCAUCCGGGGAAACCCCAUUCUCUUUGUCGCACGGUUGCGAAGCACUAG